AUGAAAGCCGGUUCGAGAUCCGGCGUCGGGACGUUCCUGCUGCAGCGCUGCCGACACAAAUCCCUUUUCAGGCUCGCGCCUGGUUUAAGAAACUGCAGAGGAAACCCAAACUGUUUGGUUGGGAUUGGCGAACACGUUUGGCUGGGAGAAAUUGAUGAGAAUAGCUUUCACAAUAUCGACGACCCAAAUUCCGAACGCAGGAAAAAGAAUGCAUUCGUAGGCUUAACAAACCUUGGAGCCACAUGCUACGUGAACACUUUCUUGCAAAUGUGGUUUCUUAACUUGGAGCUUCGGCAGGCACUUUACUUGUGCCCCAGCACCUGCAGCGAAUAUUUGACCGGUGAGGGCAUCCCAGAAGACAAAGAUUAUGAACCUCAGACAAUUUGUGAGCAUCUCCAGUACCUGUUUGCAUUGUUACAGAACAGCAAAAGGCGAUACAUUGAUCCCUCUGGGUUUGUUAAAGCACUAGGCUUGGAUACAGGACAACAACAGGAUGCCCAGGAGUUUUCCAAGCUCUUUAUGUCACUGCUGGAAGAUACUUUGUCUAAACAGAAAAAUCCAGAUGUUCGAAAUAUCGUCCAGAAGCAGUUUUGUGGAGAGUAUGCAUAUGUCACCGUCUGUAACCAGUGUGGCAGGGAGUCCAAACUUGUAUCCAAGUUUUAUGAACUGGAAUUAAAUAUCCAAGGGCACAAGCAAUUGACAGACUGUAUCACAGAAUUUCUUAAGGAAGAAAAACUAGAAGGGGACAAUCGCUAUUUCUGUGAAACUUGUCAGAGUAAGCAAAAUGCCACAAGGAAGAUCAGGCUGCUUAGUCUUCCAUGCACUCUCAACUUGCAGCUGAUGCGUUUUGUGUUUGACAGACAAACUGGCCAUAAGAAAAAGCUGAAUACCUACAUUGGAUUCUCUGAACUGCUUGACAUGGAGCCUUUUAUGGAACAGCGAAAUGGCGUCUAUGUCUAUGAACUCAGUGCAGUCCUUAUCCACAGAGGAGUGAGUGCAUACUCUGGUCAUUACAUUGCUCAUGUGAAGGACCCACAGACUGGUGAAUGGUACAAGUUUAAUGAUGAAGACAUAGAAAAGAUGGAGGGAAAGAAAUUGCAAUUGGGGAUUGAGGAAGAUCUAGCAGAGCCUUCUAAAUCUCAGACUCGUAAACCCAAGUGUGGGAAAGGGACUCAUUGCUCUCGAAAUGCUUACAUGUUGGUGUACAGGCUGCAAACCCGGGAAAAAUCUCCGACAGUUGAAGUACCAGCUUUUCUGCAGGAGUUGGUAGAACGGGAUAACUGCAAGUUUGAGGAGUGGUGUAACGAAAUGGCAGAGAUGCGAAAGCAGAGCGUGGCCAGAGGCAAAAUCAAACAUGAAGAGGUGAAGGAGCUCUACAAAAGGUUACCUGCUGAAGCUGGAUCCCCGUAUGAGUUUAUCUCUCUUGAUUGGCUACAGAAAUGGCUGGAUGAAUCUACCCCUCCCAAACCCAUAGAUAACGCUGCAUGCCUAUGUUCACAUGGAAAACUGCACCCAGAUAAAAUAUCCAUUAUGAAGAGAAUAUCUGAGUAUGUUGCUGACUUCUUCUACAGGAGAUAUGGAGGGGGCCCCAGGCUGACUGUGAAAGCACUGUGCAAGGACUGUGUGGUUGAGAGAUGUCGAAUACUACGACUGAAAAAUCAGUUAAACGAAGACUACAAAACGGUUACAAAUUUGCUGAAAAUUACAGUAAAGGGCAAUGAUGGAUUUUGGGUGGGAAAGGCAUCCUUGCGCAGCUGGCGUCAGUUGGCUUUGGAACAGCUGAAUGAGCAAGAUGAUGAUACAGAACACAGUAAUGGCAAAAUGAAUGGAGACACCCAAAACAAAGAUGAAUCCAAUGAAGACAAGAGAGAGGAGGAAGAGGAGUUAAAUUUUAAUGAAGACAUUGUUUGUCCACAUGGUGACCUGUGCAUAUCAGAAAAUGAAAGAAGGGUUGUUUCUAAAGAAGCCUGGAAAAAACUCAAGCAGUAUUUUCCAAAGGCCCCUGAAUUCCCAAAUAACAAAGAAUGCUGUUCCCAGUGCAAGAUUCUGGAAAGAGAAGGAGAGGAAAAUGAAGCUUUACAUAAGAUGAUGGCAAGUGAACAGAAAGCUUCCCUCCAGAACCUGUUUCAUGACAAAUGCAGACCAUGUCUUGGUAGCUGGCCUCAGGAGACAGAUGAACUUUACAUUGUUUCACAGUUUUUUGUAGAAGAAUGGAGGAAAUUUGUUAGGAGGCCUACAAGAUGCAGUCCUGUAUCAUCCGUGGGAAACAGUGCUCUCCUGUGUCCACAUGGGGGCCUUAUGUUCACAUACGCUUCCAUGACCAAAGAAGAUUCUAAACUUAUAGCUCUAAUAUGGCCCAGCGAGUGGGAGAUGAUACAAAAGCUAUUUGUUGUGGAUCAUGUAAUCAAAAUCAUCAGGACACUCGCUGAUGACACGAACCCUGAGAGCGCACUUUAUGAUUCUGAGCCUAAAUUGUGUCCAGAAUGCAGAGAAGGGUUGUUAUGCCAACAGCAGAGGGAUCUGCGUGAGUACACCCAAGCCACCAUUUAUAUACAUAAAGUGGUGGAUAAUAAAAAGGUAAUGAAGGAGGCUGCCCCAGAGCUGAAUGUGAGCAGUUCGGAAGCUGAAGAGGAAAGGGAAGAAAACAAACCAGAAGGGGAACAGGACCCAGAUUUUAACCAGACUAAUGGUGGUACCAAGCGGCAGAAAGUAUCCCACCAGAAUUAUGUCACUUACCAGAAGCAAGGCAUCAGACGGAGUACACGACACAGGAAAGUCAGAGGGGAAAAGGCCCUGCUUGUUUCUGCAAAUCAGACGCUGAAGGAGCUGAAAAUACAGAUCAUGCAUGCAUUUUCAGUUGCUCCAUUUGACCAGAAUUUAUCAAUCAAUGGAAAGAUACUCAGUGAUGACACUGCAACGCUUGGCAACCUUGGAGUCAUUCCAGAGUCAGUCAUCUUAUUGAAGGCUGAUGAACCCAUCGCAGAUUAUGCAGCAAUGGAUGAUGUUAUGCAAGUUUGUAUGCCUGAAGAAGGAUUUAAAGGGACUGGUCUUCUUGGACACUAAAGGUUUUUUUUAUACCCGCUGGCAGCAGAGAAAUGACCAGAAGGGAAGAGGAUUUUGACAUGGUAGGGCAUUAAAAGCAAAGGUGGAUAUAUAGGACUCAACAGUUGCUUGACUCUUCCAGAAGGCAGAAACCAAUUCUGAAAUGACUGCCCCAAAAUGCCUUACGUCAAAGCAGAUUGCACUGAAGGACAUCCUGACUUCAAGAGAGCGUCUCAAAUUUUAUAUUUAAUAAAGCAAAGUAAGGUUGCAAAGUUUAGUAGCAGUAACAGUAUAUCGUGUUUACAGACAGAACUUUCUAGCUGAGGAAGGGAGUGGCAUUUUAUUGUAUUUCCUUACUCAGAUUUCAUACCACGGUCAUCUUUCCAUAAUGGAAUUGUAAUAUAGUAGAUCAAAAACAUCUUGAUCUGUCCUAAAGUAAGUCUUUAGACAUAAACCUGCUUACAGAUAUCCUGUCUUUGAUCCGCUAUUACUCUUUCAGUACAGCAUGGAAGUAAAGAAAUUGUUAAUUGUGAGGAAUGUCUAGCUUUUUCAAACUUCAUAUAUGUACCCCAAGAUGUAAGCUGUGGCCCGCCUAUGAAAGCCUUCCAUCAGUGAUUCUUAGACGCAGAGAUCAAGGGGCUGGGAGACUUCCCCCUUCCACUGUCUCUGGAGACUUUAUUAUCACGCACUCAUCCUUUUGCAGUUUCACUUCCAAACAUUACGAUCCUAACUUUAAUAAUCACAUGGUCUUUCUCUGUGAAACGUGUUUUUAGAAAUGUUGACUAUUUUAACAACUUUUGAUAACAUCUUUCUCCAGUAUGCUACUGCCAAGAGCCAGAAAUCCUUUACACUCUACAGAUCAGUUUGGGAGCCUUGAACUGAUCUUUGCUAGAACAUCUGAGUCAGAGCUACCAAAGGGGUUGGGGGGUCAUGUUUGGGUAACGCGGUUGUUUUUUUUACGUAACAAGACUUUCUUUCUGUUGUCAUUCCCUUCUUUUCAGGAAAGCGCUAACACUUUUUUGAUACAUCUUCUGUAAUUCUCAGAAAGGCUCUCUUCCUGGUCCUGUUAAAUAUUACUAGCAGGACGUAACGUACCACUCGAACACCGAAAAAGGGCACUGCCAAGGCCUUUUUCAUAAUCAAGUUAGAGAUUUCCUGGUACCUGCAUAGACUUAAAUGUCUUCCCUUAGCAAGAGAGUCUUAACUGAUUUGUACGCUGGCUCUUGACAACAAUUCUGAGGUUUGGGCUGUUAUCGGAUCAUUUUAUUUUUUAAAGGACUGUUUGAGCAAAAGUAGCGUAUUAAAAAAGCAGAAGCUUUGCAGGCAAGGGGGACAGGAGUGGAGGGGUUGGGGGCGGGAUAUGAAAAUAUGGACCCAGUAAUCUUGGUAGCGGUCUUUUUAAAAUGUACCUUUUAUCAGAGUAAUUUUGGCUGCCUGUCAUAAAACGAUGAGUCUUUGUCCUUUCUCUCUCUGUUGUUUUCAUCUGUCUAUAUUAUAUUGGUCUCCCCUCCUGCUCUUCCUGAAUCAUUUUGGGGAAGGGUGCUGGGGAGUUCCGGCAGCAAGUGUGGACCAGUGAGUUGCAAAACAAUUGGCAUAAAGUGUGCUACGUGGAGCAGCUGGGAAGCCACUGAUAAUGGCUUUGAAAUGAUUUGGAAAGGGCAGCUUCAAGCUAAGAUUUGCCUCUGGCUUGACUUUGGACCUCAAGGUAUGGGUUUGAAUCCAGUAAGAGGGCUGGAUCUUCGAGAGGUAUAGCAGUGCAGCUGAGCAGUUUAUUCUUUCCCAAGGUAAAGACUUCAGUAAAACUUCAGUACGCUGUUGUUAGUGCUUGAUUAAGCAACUCUCCUUCCCUUGCAAACAGGUUUGUUUGCCUGCCAGAGAUUUUAUUCUACUUUCUAGACUGAAGCACGCACUCAUGUACAUAGCCCCUGGAAACUUGAUAUUUUUUUCAAUUUGCUGUUAUUUUAUGAUUUGUUACUAGGGCUCUUCCUUGAGAUUAAAACAUUGCAAAACUAAAUCUCUAAACUUCACAGGGAAGAAUUGCAAACCAUGAUGUACACGUAGACGCGGUUAUACAGAGGUAACGUAUAGAUGUACCUUACGGCCUUGGCAUUGCUGUAUUUUACAACUGUGCAGAGGAAGCAGGUACAAGAUGUGAUCAAAGGCACAUUUACUGUUUUGUCUGUAUUUGCAAACAUUGGACUGAAAUUGUCAUUUGAGCUGUGGAAGCCUUAUUAAAGUGCAUACACAUGGUCUAUCUGCUCUUAACACUGCAUAAAGCAUUUUUUUUACUUUGAU